AUGUUUUCAAAGCGUCGUAAAGUUGCAGUACGUCCUUCCAAGGCGUUCCAGCGACAGCGACACAAUGAUCAACUACCAUUUUUAACACGUAGUCGAUUUGGUGCUUUGCCUCAAUUACGAGUAAUUGAUGAAGAACCAGAGAAUCUAACACUUUUCAUCGCCAUUUUAUAUGUUAUUGAUUUAUUUGGAGUAUUUCCGUUGAUAACACUACCAAGUCUACUCGCGCAAUUGGGAUUUUUUGGCAUACCUUUGGUGUUGUCUGUAAUAAUGCUACAAAUCUAUACAUCGUUUUUAUUAAGUAAAUGCUGGACUAUGGCUGAAAGAUUAGAUGCAUCUAUUGUACAGAAAAGCAGAUAUCCAUAUGCUGCAAUUGCCGACUUAGCUUACGGUCCAUAUCUGAGCCUUUUUGUUACCAUCCUGUUGGACUUAAGCAUUUUUGCUAUGGGCAUACCAAAUUUAGUAGUUGCUUCAGAAAACUUAGAACUUGUUGUACAACGCAUCAGUGAUGAUCGCUAUACGUUUUCUUUCUGCUAUUGGGUCAUAAUUGUCGGUCUAUUCAUUUGUCCACUUAUGUGGUUGGGAAGUCCUAAGCAUAUGCGAAGCUUGGCUAUACUUUCCGUUUGUGUCGUUAUAAUUAUUGUUAUCUUGUUGUGGUUUUGUCUCUUCAAUGCAGCACCGCUUGGUAAACCUUUUGAAGGCAUCAGUUUAGAUUUGCCACCUUUUCUGACUGUUUUGAAUGGUUACAGCGUUUUGGCAUUUCAAUUUGAUAUUCAUCCAAUGCUGUUGACACUGCAAAUCGAUAUGCAACAAAAAUCUCAAGUUCGCUGGGCAGCCUUCGGUGGGAUCAUAGUGACUUGCUCCAUUGCCAUAUUUGGUUCUAUUAUAGCAGCAUAUAAAUUUGGUACAAUGAUAGCGGAGAACAUAUUGGAAACUUUACCGAAAAGUGUGCCUCUUGUGUGUUUACUGAUAUUAAUGGCACUACAGUUGUGUUUUUCAACGAUUGUGGGAAGCUCUGCUCUUUUUCUGCAAAUUGAAAACUAUUUCAGGGUGCCUGAUGCUUUAUCGCUUAAACGUAUUGGCAUACGUUCCUUUAUUUUAGCACUGGAGCUUCUAAUUGCAGAAUUUAUUCCUGAUUUUGAUGUGCUUAUGGGUGUAGUAGGUGGUACAAUAUCUGGUCCAUUAGUAUUCAUAUUGCCACCAUUGCUUUAUCGACGCAUAAGUCGAAUGGUACGCACACACCAACGGAUUGCCACUGAAGCAGCUUACGGUAGCAUGAAAUUGGAUUUGAAUUAUGAUCCGAUGCGUAUGGAAUUGGAACCUAUAUCUUCCACAGAGACAGAGAGUGCACUACGGGUUUAUUGGCAACGCCUAGUACAAUCUUAUCGACGAUUACAAUGCAAUAUAUCAAUGUCGCUGGCAGUGCUUGUUUUUGGACUUGUAGCCACAUUCUUCUCAACAUAUUUAAAUAUUUUUAAGAUCAGCAAUCUAUUUCGAAAUAACUCACCGUGCUUUGGUAAUCUAACGCAAUGGUUUUAA